AUGGAUUGCAAUUCUAUUUCAACGAAUAAUAUUACAUUCGAUUCACAAUCUCUACAAAUAGAGGAAUUGCAACAGCAGCUUUAUAAAGCUAAUCAGCAAUUAGAAAGUGGGAAUUUAAUAAAUAUUGAGUUGGAGCAUGAAGUUGAUAGACUCCAAGCAAUAAUUGAUACCAAAGAUAACGUUGAAAAAAUUCAAAAAGCUGAUCUUACCAAACAGUUCAAUGAGAAGAUUAAUAGUUUAAAAUGUCAAUUAGAGGAAGAGAGAGAGAAAGCAAAUAAUGAUAUAGCCGAAUUAAAAGUUAAGAUUGAAUCUACAAAAGUCAAUGUAAUCAAAGCAGAUGUUUGCUCUGAGGACGAUUCAUUAAAAGAUCUUGUUGCUUCCCUGAAGGAUGAAUUGAAGGAAUUAAAAGAAGAAUUGGCUGAAUGUAAAGUUAUUAAUUACAACACUGAAGUAGCUAAUUCUCAGAUGGUCAUGAAAUCAAAGGAAUUAGAAGAAAUGCUAGAAAUUACUAAAGAGAUGCUCAAAUCAAAAUCUGAAACACUGAUGUCCACAAUUGAAGCUUUUGAGGAAUUGAAAGAAGAAAAAGCCCUGUUGUCGAGCGAACUAGCAGUUUUGAAAGCUGGACCACUUGAAAACAAGGAAAGAGGCAACUCUUUAUUUUCAGAAGUAGAUAUAAAGAGGCAAGCCAUUGAAAAAAAAAUGGAAAUUUUGCGCAAUAAAUAUUUGCAAGCAAAGAAAAUUCUUGCAGUAAAAAAUAACGAAAUGGAAAGACUCAAGGCUGAAAAUAGGAAAAUUCAAAUGUUUUGGGAUGAAGAGGUUUCUAAUGUAAAACUAAGGGAACAAAAGCUGUUGGAAAGUUAUAAACAAACUAAUGAUGAGCUGCGUUCACUUAUUCGUAAAUUGGAAUUGAGGCCUGAAUCACCAGAAAUAAUUACUAUUUCUGAUAAAGAUAUGUCUAAUAUGCAGUGGAUUCAUACAAUUAUAGAUAAAGCAAGGGCGGAAUCUCGAGAGUUCAGGAAAGCAUAUGAAAACAAAUCAUGUGAUAUGUUGUUAGUUGAAGAAACCCUGUAUGCAAUGAGUAUUGAAAUUAAAAAUUUGAAAAAGCAGGCAAUAAAAGAUAAAGCACAUAUCGAUGAAUUACAAUCUAAACUAAAUAACUUUGAAAAUCCAGAUAAUACAAUUAAUAUUGGAGAAAAGGGAGAUCGUCUUGAUAAUAAAGAUAACUUAAAUGACCAAGAAAAGAAACUUUCAGCGAAUGGUGUAAUUUCUUCAAAAACCGUUAGGUUUGCUGAGGAUUUCAAGAAAAGCUAG